AUGAAAUUCAAUUUGGUCGCCGUAUUUUGCUUGUUGGUCUUGGUUGCUUUCGCUAGCGCUCAAAUCACCUCUCCCUCUCCCAACCUUCCCGCAUCCGCCAUUGAUUCCGCUAUUGAUUCCGCCAUUGAUUCUGCCAUUGAUACCGCCAUUGGUACCGUUACUUCAGGCGCUUCAGGUGCUUCAGGCGCUACUGCCGUUCCUUCCACAGUUUCGGAUACCACUUCCCCCACCAGCCCCACGGAUGUCCCCGCUGUUUCCACAGGCUCCGUUCCAGUUCUCCCCACUGUUGCUUCCUACACGAGUAGCGGUUCAUCUUCUAAACCCAGCUCUGCUCCCAGCUCCGAUGCUGGAAACGUUCGCGUAAACAUCUUCGCUCUUGGAGUCACGUUGAUUGCUGGAAUGUUAUUGUUCUAA